UGAACAGCAUUUUCAACCUUUUGUUUUCAGCUUGCUUAUGUAAUAUUUGUUUUACUUCAUAUUUAUACACAAAUAAUUGGGCUGUUCAGUUGACGGAGACUUCCGCCGAGUCUGUUGAGAGGAUUUCAAGAAAAUAUGGAUUUAUCAAUAUGGGAAAAAUAUUUGCAGACAGCAAUUACUAUCACAUGAAGCAAAGGGCAGUGUUAAAGCAGUCGUUUCAAACUCACUUGCACAGUGUGCGACUGAGGAAGGAUCCAAUGAUUAUCUGGUUUGCGCAGCAAUCUGGAAAGUCAAGGAAGAAACGACACUCUUUCAUACCACCCAGUGAUCCUUUAUUCCAUAAGCAGUGGCAUCUGAGUGAAUCAUAUGGUCACAAUAUUGUGGCAGCAUGGACUCGUGGGUACACGGGCAAGGGUGUGGUUGUGUCAGUGCUGGAUGAUGGGAUUGAGAAAAACCACCCCGAUUUUGCUGGAAAUUAUGAUCCUGCAGCUAGCUAUGACAUGAAUGACAUUGAUCCAAACCCAGACCCACGUCCUACACCUUACAACAGUCAUGGAACAAGAUGCGCUGGACAGAUUGCAUCUGUUGCAAACAACAGUGUGUGUGGUGUCGGCGUGGCAUAUCACGCUAAAAUUGGAGCUAUACGGAUGUUGGAUGGGGACGUGACCGACUUGAUAGAGGCCAGAUCUCUCAUUUUUAAUCAGCAUCACAUUGACAUCUACAGCUGCAGUUGGGGCCCACCAGACUCUGGUUCGGUAGUGGAUGGGCCAGGGUUGCUGUCUCAGGAGGCUCUCAUCAGAGGAGUGAGCCUGGGCCGUGGCGGCCUGGGUUCCAUUUUCAUUUGGGCCUCUGGGAAUGGCGGCAUGAACAUGGACAACUGCAACUGCGAUGGUUAUGCCAACAGCAUAUACACAGUGACCGUCAGUAGCACCACAAAUAGGGCAGGUGUGCCCAGCUACAGUGAACCCUGUGCAGCAGUGCUGACCACAACUUACAGCGGGGGUGAUGGCCACCAGGAUAGAAUUGUGACGACAGACCUGAAAGGGGCUUGUACCAAAGACCACACUGGAACAUCAGCUUCGGCACCCUUAGCAGCUGGGAUCAUCGCUCUGGCUUUAGAAGCAAACCCCACACUUACCUGGCGUGAUGUGCAACACCUAGUUGUGCGAGCAUCCAGACGCCAUAAUCUGAAGGCAGAGGACUGGACAGUGAAUGGAGCUGGGAGACAUGUCAGCCAUCACUAUGGGUAUGGACUUUUGGAUGCUGAAAAGCUGGUGUGUUUGGCCAGAAAUUGGAGUGCAGUGAAUCCACAGAAGACAUGCCAGCAUGUGAUUCUCCAAGAUAGGCCCAUCAAGAUUGGCAGUUAUCUCCGCAUCAGUUGGAAUGAGACAGCGUGCAGAUGGAAUAGGAGUCGCAUCAGGUCCUUGGAGCAUGUUCAGGCACAGCUCUCAUUGAAACAUGUGCGUCGUGGUGAUCUUACCAUCACACUUUUAUCUCCUGCAGGAACUCGCUCCAACCUGCUCACCAGGAGAUAUUUGGAUCAAUCCAGCGCUGGAUUCUCUGGUUGGAACUUCAUGAGCACCAGAUGCUGGGAUGAAGAUCCCACUGGAGUUUGGUCACUCAUAAUAAGAAAUACUGGCAACCGCCACAACAUCGGGGAGUUAACACGUUUGAACAUUAACCUUUAUGGCACUGAUGAACACAUGUUUGGACGGCACAUGGAGCGGACGCUGAUCCAUCAGUGUAGUGUGAAGAAUACCGACGGAAGCUGCAAAGACUGUCCCUACCCACUGUACAUAUUUGAGAGCAUCUGUGUGGUGACCUGCCCUCCCCACUUCUUUGAGUCGGACGGCAACAGCAACACAUCUCCCCAGCGCCGCUGCAUGCCGUGCCACCAUAGCUGCGAGAUCUGCAGUGGCCCUGAGGGGACCCACUGCCUGGACUGUCCCCCUCAUUCCAACUUCAAUCCCCAGCUGGGCACGUGCAACUCUCCCAACUACAUCCUGGACAGGGUGCAGGAGAGCAGGAACCGCACGGCAGCCGUAUUGGGCAUCAUGAUCGGGGAGCCCAUAUUGGUUCUGUGCUUGAUGACUGUGGUGGCGUGGCUGGUGAGCAGAACGAUCACCCCCCGCCUCAGCCAGGUGACCUCAGCAGCACUGCAGGACAGCAAUCCUGCUGACAGUGUCAGAAGCACCAAUACCAGCCGGAGCGGCCAUGAGGUUUCGGAUAUGGAAAUGGUCGUUGUAAGUGUGACGGAGGACCAGGCAGCAGGACAAGGCGAGAACACAACCCUUAGUGGCCUCCUUGAGGAGAGCAGACAGGCUUGACUUAUUCUGGCCUGCGUUUUUUAUGGCAAUUAACAAACAAAGUGUUUUCUUGUAGCGGUGCCGUUUUUCUUUGGCACUGUAGUGUUUUUAUUGUC